AUGAAGUUCGUUUAUAAAGAAGAGCAUCCGUUCGAAAAGCGUAGGAGCGAAGGAGAGAAAAUUAGAAAGAAGUAUCCCGAUCGAGUUCCUUUGUUGAUUGAAGUUUUUCGCAAAGACUCAAAAAAAUUACCCAUAGGAGAUGGUGAUAUUGAUUGGGAAGAAACAGUUUAUUUAAAUUUAAUUCUUCAGCAGCUGGAAUAUACAUUAACUUGUGCUAUUUGUACCAGAACAAGUUCAAAAGAUUUGCAAAUUUUGAAACGACAUUCUCAGAGAGUAUAUGCUUCACCUAGUAGAAGAAGUAUGGAUUGCAAAGGUGAAAUGGAAGAAAUAAGUUAUCCUAAUAUAUUUUUCAUGGUAGAUAAUUAUGAUGAGGUUUUCCAGGAUAUUGUAGUACGGGAUGGUGAAAUAGUUUGUGUUGAACUUCUAGCUACAGAUAGGGAAGGUACAUUGCAAGGUGUUAUAUUUCUUGGUUCUAUAAGAUAUGAAGCAUUAAAAAGGGUAUAUGAUGCCAGAGUAAGUCAGGUUUUUAUAUAUAUAUGUAAGUAUAUUUUAAUAAUGCAAAUUAAAUUAAAUGUAAGUUAAAUAUUGCUAGUUUAACUGGUUGUUGUUGCACAAAUUUUAAGAAUUAUUUCUAAUUAAAUUUUAUUAGAGAUUAAUAACUCUGCCAUCUAGUGAGUUAAAAUAAUUUAUAAAAUUUGGAAUUAUACAAGUAAUCAGUAAAACUGACAGUAUUUUGUUUAUAUUUGGUUCAUAAACAAGCAAUAUCUUGAGACAAUGUUGCUCAACUUGUGGUUUGCAGUGACGGGACAGGUAGUACACAGGCAGACUUAAAUUAAAACUUUGUUCAAUGAUGAUUCAAUUGUAAUAGUUUACUUUCAAUUUAAAUUGUUUUCACAUGUGUUCAAAACAUGUUUUUAGAUUUUUUAUGUUAUAAAUGGAAUAGUAUGUUCCAAAUAUUGGUAAUAUCCACAUACGUUAAAAAAGUUAGGACUAUAUAAGUUGGUGGUCCAUAGAAUAUUUACAGACAUUUUACUGGUCCUUAGACUUUAAGCCAGUGUUUCUCAACCUUUUAAGUAUAUCUAAAUUCAGUUUUUUAAUAAUAUGUAGAAACAUAUUUAUUAUUUAAAAUAUCGUUUAAAAAAAUGGAAUAUUGAACAUCAAAUGUUAUGAAUAUGUACAUCCAAAGAAUGUGUAGCAUUGCUAUUGGUUGAUUUAAUGCAUUAAUAUUCCAUUGCAUUUAAACAAUGCUCUAAUUUAGUCUGAAGAUGAUCUUAAAAAAGGUUGAAAAUGUUUACUUCUGUCAAUUAAAGUAAUGUGUGCUGAUUGUAUAAAAGUGUAGUUGGUUUUUUUAUUAAUAAAAUUACUUCAGAAAUAUUAAUAUUAGUUAAAUAAUCAGUUACUUUGAUUAAUAAUAAUUAAGUUAAUUAUGGUUACAAUAUCUGACACAACAAAACAACACUGUUUACAUUAUUAUACCUUUAUACCCUGUACAUGGACAAUAUCAAACUUUAUGCAUCCACACAUCAGCUUCCUCAUCUCUUAUAAACUACACACACACACACACACACACACACACACACACACACACAACACUCCACAUUGAAAAAAAGAGUUCUGAUGAAAGGCGACUUUGUACUCAGAAGUGGAAAUGAUAUUGUAUCCACAGAAGAGGGUGGGUUUUACAAGUAUUUAAGAUUAUAACAGGCCAAACUUACAGAACAUGCACAGAUAAAACAAAGAUUAACACUCAAAUAUCAGAACAGAUUACAUGCAGUACUAAGAACACACCUAAAUGCAAAACAACUAUUAAAGCUAUUAAUACACAUGUUGUUUCUGUACUCUCAUUCUUGUGGAGUUAUACACUGGACAAGCACAGAUCUCAAGCAACUUGUUUAUGCUUAGUAAGUGUUGUUCUUGUUUUCUGAAGGAAAACAAGAACAACACUUACUAAGCAUAGAUAAUAUAAUCUGAAAUCAUUUGUAGAAAGAUUAACUCUUCCUCGUAAAGGUGUCCAUGGCCUGACUAAUAGUUAACCUGCACUACAAACAAAUUCUGAUAAUGCGGUAGUUUUCACAAAAACGAGAAACAUCAUGAUUACAUAAAACUAUAAGUAUGGCAGGCAGUACCACACACUGUUAAAUUUAUAGCACCUGGGCAUAGCUCAACACAAAUAACAUAGACACCACUAAUGUCAUGGGCCCAAAAAGUACUUCAUGGCAGCUAUGCCUACGACCUAGCUCAGGACUAUGUUAAUAAAACUCAAUAGUGAAACAUCAACUGAAUAAAAUUUAAUUCUGUGAUUUGCCAAGUGUCUGUAUGAAUACGAUAAAUAAUGUGUUUGAAUUGAAAUAAAUUACUGACAUGGUUUCAAAAAUACCAGUUAAUAAAACAGUCAAAUUACUGACUGUUUGGAGAGACUGAAGGGUUUAUUGUUGCCAUUCAAGAUCAGGUCAUAAACACUAAAAACAACAGAAAACAUAUCUUGAAGGAUACAUUACUCACAAAUGACACUUCCAGAAAAUGCUAUAUUCUGCCAGGAACAAACAACAUAUUACUUCUGUUGUAUGUAAAAUCACUUUAAUCUGUUUUGGUUGAUUUUCUCACAGCAACUCCAAGUUAUUACUUAAGACUGUAUGGUAGUAUAUUCUUAAAUAUAUUACAGUCGACCUCCCUAUAACAUGGGUUCCUAUAACGGAAAUUCCUAUAACGUAGCGAAAAAAUUGUAUCAGUAUUUGUAUAAAGUGACUUGUAAAAUGUCGUCGCCGACUCGUGUCGCGACAGGAUUGGUCGAAUCUGGACCAAUAGUGGACUAGCAGCCGAACUACUUUCCGCUGCCCAGCAACAUGCUACGGAGAGUUUAGGCGGCUAAAUUGAGUUUGC